AUGCGGGUUUAUUUUAGCACAACUGUGAUAGACAGCUGGCUUUUGACGGAUUCUACUUGUGAUGAUGAUGAACGUAUGCAAACGUUCGGCGAAAGGAUGGUCGUAGGCGGCGCAUAUGAUUUCAUUGGGAUCAAAAUGGGUUUCUUUCCAAUCCUCGAGAAUGAUGAAUAUUACAUGCUUGUUUUCGAUCUGGAAAACGGUGAAAUAACCGUCAUAGACCACAAGCCUGAUCGCACACCCUUAGCUGGCAUUAGGGAUCAUCAAGACUACUACAAAAAAGAUACACCAUACAAAGUGAAGCAUAUGCUGGACAAUUAUUUGGAGCAUUGCAAACAUCCGUUAAAGGAUAAAAUUGCACCAGCCAAGAUUAAGAGGUGUGAUAUCCAUUGGGCGACAAGUGCACAUCCAAUGGAUAGUGCAGUAUUCCUUAUGCACCACAUGCAGAAUUUUAACGGCGUUGGUAAACACUUUGAAUGUGGUUUUAGUAGCAACUGGAAGCAAAAGAAAAAACAGAUUCUUACCCUCCGAAAAAAAUUCGCUACACGCAUACUACUCUGUGAUGUGAAUGUGAUGAAGGGAAAGGUUCGUGAUGCUGCAUUAUCAGUGUAAGUUGCUGCUCCGUAUGGUAAUGUUAUGUUUUUUUGUGGAUGGGACUAUGGUGUACAACUUAAACAAUUUAAACUCGUACUUUGUCAGUUGCCUAUAUGUAUCUAA